UGAGGCGCCCACCAUGGUGCGAUGCGACCGCGGGCUGCAGCUGCUGCUGACCACGGCCGGAGCCUUCGCCGCCUUCUCGCUCAUGGCCAUCGCCAUCGGGACCGACUACUGGCUCUACUCCAGCGCGCACAUCUGCAACGGCACCAACCUGACCAUGGACGACGGGCCCCCGCCCCGCCGCGCGCGCGGCGACCUCACCCACUCGGGGCUGUGGCGGGUGUGCUGCAUCGAAGGGAUCUACAAGGGGCACUGCUUCCGCAUCAAUCACUUCCCCGAGGACAACGACUACGACCACGACAGCUCCGAGUAUCUUCUCCGCAUUGUGCGAGCCUCCAGCGUCUUCCCCAUCCUGAGCACCAUCCUGCUGCUGCUGGGAGGGCUGUGCAUCGGUGCCGGCAGGAUCUACAGCCGCAAGAACAACAUUGUGCUCAGCGCCGGCAUCCUCUUUGUGGCCGCAGGCCUCAGUAACAUCAUAGGCAUCAUUGUCUACAUUUCCAGCAACACAGGCGACCCCACUGACAAGCGAGAUGAGGACAAGAAGAACCAUUACAACUAUGGUUGGUCUUUCUACUUUGGAGCCUUGUCUUUCAUCGUGGCCGAGACUGUGGGAGUCCUGGCUGUUAACAUUUACAUUGAGAAAAAUAAAGAGUUGAGGUUUAAGACCAAACGGGAGUUCCUUAAGGCUUCAUCCUCUUCUCCUUAUGCCAGGAUGCCAAGCUACAGGUACCGGCGACGGCGCUCGCGGUCCAGCUCCAGGUCCGCAGAGGCCUCGCCCUCCAGGGACACAUCUCCCGUGGGCCUGAAGAUCGCAGGGGCCAUCCCCAUGGGCGAGCUGUCCAUGUACACGCUGUCCCGGGAGCCCCUGAAGGUGACCACGGCCGCCAGCUACAGCCCAGACCAGGACGCUGGCUUCCUGCAGGUGCACGACUUCUUCCAGCAGGACUUGAAGGAGGGCUUCCACGUCAGCAUGCUCAACCGGAGGACAACCCCUGUGUGAGCCUCUCCCCAACCCCACUCCGCCUCGCUGGCCUCUCCC